UUCAGAAAAAGGAAGAGAUGGAAGAAGACGAUUGCCAGUGCCGGCCGUUGGGUUUCUUGCUCGGAUUGCCCUUCGCCAUUCUCGCCUUAGCCCUUUCACUCAUCGGCGCCGUCGUCUGGAUUAUCGGAUCAGUGCUGAGUUGCUUGUGUCCAUGCUGCGUGUGCUGUGCGGGGCUGGCGAAUUUGGCUGUGGAUCUCAUCAAGAUGCCCAUCAAGGUUAUCCGGUGUUUUAUCAAGCAAAUCCCUUGUUAGGAAGGUUUAGUGACGGACAACCGGAGCGAUCUCUUCCAGCUCUUUCAAAUCGUUUCUCACUCUUCUAUUUUGAGAUUCACUGCUCCUCAGAUCUAAGAGGCGUCACAGAGUUGACAUGGUUGAUUCUGUUCGUGAUAUUUUUGCCACUUUUUGUAUUGUUGCGAUCUAAAAGGCAAUUUGGUUAAAAAAAA